UAUACGAAAUUACAAUUUUAAAAUUUWAAAUUUAAAUACUCAAGAAGUUUAUAAAAAAUGAUAAAGGAAUAGACGAUCACGAUGAUAAUUUAGUGAAAGUAUAAUUGUUGAAGAUAUAUAUAUAUUAUAGUACUAAAGUUUAUACCUAUUUUGAUAGUUUAACUUGUCGAGUUUUUUUUUUUUCAUAUCUGUACAUCUGUUUCAAACGUAUACAGGUGUUAUUUAGAUAACACGUCCGUCACGUCCUGUGUAUUGAGAUUAUUAAAUUUGAUACCGUAUACGUUCUGUUUGAAUUUGAAAUCAAAAGACUGACAAAAUAUUGAAAAUGGAAAAUCAAAAACCUAAAUGUGUAUACCAGGAAGAACGCUGGACACGUUCCUUGAUUACAAUUGACAAUCUACCAGAAAAAUUUGAACAUUUAAAAGUUAAUAACCAUUCCAAAAUCAGAAACAUGCUUGGUUUUGCAGUAAAAAGUUUUGAACACUCUAAUCAUCUAGUAUGUAGUGCCAGUGGUCCAUCAGUUAAUAAAGCUGUCACAUGUGCGGAAAUAUUGAAACGACAGAUGCCUGAACUUAAACAAGUCACUGGUAUUGGAUAUAGAAAUGUAAGGAUGAUCAAGGAUGAAAUGAUUGAUGGUAAAGUAUCUCAAACAAUUACAACUAGAAGAUUACCUUCAAUUCAUAUUCUUUUAUCCAAAAAUCACCUUCAUCCGAGUUUACCUGGAUACCAAGGAGCUGACAAGGUAUCAGAUCAUGUUAAUAGGCCAGUACCUCGGAAAACAUUUGAAAAAAAUGAUUACCGCGGUACUAAGGAGAGUUAAGUUAUGGCUCUUUAAUUGAUGUUGUUC